AACUCUUCAUAGCUUCAUUUCGCUUUGUUUCUGUUAAAGAAGCAAAAAUUUGUCCGAAGCACCUGCUUUGCAAAACCCUUUCUGAAUGACGGCAAAACUACCAGGCCAGAGUAUGCCAUCAGCACCUACACACAGGAUUCUUCGACCCCUCCUGCUUGGCACCUUCUUACUGGGCUGUUUUGUGACUUUGUUUUUGAUGUACAUCAAGCCGUCCACUAGCUGGUUAUCAGGCCCAGUUGAAUCAGAAACAUCUACGGCUCGAGUAAAAAGCCUCCUGUCCAACCGAAGUGAACAGAACCAGACCACAGUGCUCGUCUGGCUCUGGCCGUUUGGGGAAACCUACGACCUGAACGUGUGCAGCUCCCUGUUCAGUAUCGACAACUGUUUCAUAACCGCAGACCGCAACCUUUAUAACAAAUCCGAUGCAGUCGUCAUCCACCACAGGGACAUUAGCACCGAUCUGUCCAACAUGCCACCAGCAUUUCGGCCUCCUCUUCAGAAAUGGAUCUGGAUGAACCUCGAGUCGCCGUCGCACUCAUCACAGUUACCCGGCAUCGAAAACCUGUUCAACCUGACCCUGAAUUACCGCCAGGACGCCGACAUCGAAGUGCCUUACGGCGCCAUUGUUGCUUCCCAAGGCGAGGAAGGUUUCGUCCCACCGAGCAAGAACAAGCUGAUCUGCUGGAUUGUGAGCAACUGGAACCCGGAUCAUGUGCGAGUGAAGUACUACAAUGAGCUCUACAAGCAUGUGGAGAUCCACGCCUACGGCCAAGCGUUCGGCGAGUACAUAUCGGACCAGGACUACUUCCCCACCAUCGCCAGCUGCAAAUUCUACUUGGCAUUUGAGAACUCGAUUCACAAGGAUUACAUCACGGAGAAACUGUACAACCCGCUCUCAGUUGGCACGGUCCCAGUAGUGUUGGGCCCACCGAGGGAGAAUUAUCAGAACUUUGUAGAGGGUGGCGCUUUCAUCCACGUGGACGACUUCUCCUCCCCGAAAGAAUUGGCUGAGUAUCUUUUAUUUCUGGACAAGAACGAAGAACUUUACUUGAGGUACUUUGACUGGCGUAAACACUUCAAGGUAAAGAAAGCCUAUUUCUGGGCUGAACACACUUGCCUUGCAUGUGAUUAUGUCCGGAGACACAAUGAGUACAGGGCAUUUAAUAAUCUUGACAAAUGGUACUGGGGUAAAUUCGGGGAUGUGCUGAUUGGUUGAUUGGUUGGAAGUAAUCUAAGCAGUUGAUACCAUAUUUUCCAGGCUAUAAGGCACAUUUUUCAUCCUGUAACGAGUUAGGAAUUCUACAACAAACUGCUGUAUUAUACAGUAUUACAAUAUUUGUUUGUGUCUGUGGUAGACCUAGUACUCUAGCUUCCCUUUAGGAAAACGAAACAUACAUUCCCAGUGUUAACUUAGAUCUUAAUUAAAUAAGAGUUAAAAUCUGUGUAGGAAAGGUCACGAGUCUGUUUUACAUAAAUGAUCAUCAGAAUCGGCUUUUACCAGGUUAUUGCCUUUCUUUUUCCAGAUUUUUUGAUUUUCACAAAACAAAUUUAUUGUAAUUGUUUCAAUGAAAUAUACUUUACUUAAUCCCAUUACCUGGUGCAUCCCAUUACCUCAUCAGCAGAGGUGUGGUAAUAAAUCUGUAGUCAUACAUUUACUAUAUGGACAAAAGUAUUUGACCAAAUCUGUAGUGAUGUUGUAUCCAAAUAUAUACACCCAAUAAUAUGGAGUUGGUGCC